AUGUCUCGUGGGAAUCAGAGAGAGAUUGAUCGUCAACGUGCUCAAAGACGGCAGGAUAAAUGUGCUCCUAAGAGUGGGAAAUCAAUUAUUGAAGUGAAAGAUAAGCUUUUAAGUAUUGUUUGUAAUGUAUGCAAACAGUCCUUUAUGUGUACAGCAAAUAGAUCAACCUUGGAGUUACAUGUAGAUUCGAGACACCCCAAAUUGAUCUUUUCACAGUGUUUUCCAAAUAUGUAA